CCCCCGCGCGAGAACCACCACACCCUCCCGCCAUGCACUGCCUCGCCCCCCACUUCCUCCUCUUCCUCCCACUCUCCUCCGCCUCCCGCCACGCGCUCCCCCACACCCCACCCGCUCCUCUCCUCCUCCCCUCCCACCCAGCCCAAGCCCAAGCCCAAGCCCGCGCCGGCCCGCUCCGCCUCCCAUCCGCGCGCUCCCCUUCCCGCGCCGCUGCCCCCGUCUCCGACGACGACGAGGACGAGGAGGAUGACGAAGAGAUAGACAUCCGCGACGACGCGGACGUGGACGAGGAGUACGACGACGACGACGACGAGGAGCUGGACGAGGAGAGCGGCGGUGAGGAGGAGGAGGAGGAGGAAGGGGAUGAUGGGGUGGAGGAGUUGGAGGAGGAGGAGGGUGGGCGGGAGGGGACCGCUGCGCGGAGGCGGCGGUCGGAGGAGUACAAGUCGCAGCGGGUGGGGAAGCUGGUCGCCGAGGUGCGGGAGUUCGGGGAGGAUAUCAUCGACUACAACGAGCUCGCGGGGAUCUACGACUUCCCCAUUGACAAGUUUCAGCGCUUGGCUAUACAAGCAUUUUUGAGAGGCUCAUCUGUCGUAGUUUCUGCACCUACAAGUAGUGGGAAGACACUAAUUGCAGAAGCUGCAGCUGUUGCAACAGUCGCUAGAGGAAGACGCCUCUUCUACACAACACCGUUAAAGGCCUUAUCUAAUCAGAAGUUCCGUGAUUUCCGGAAUACGUUUGGUGAUCAUAAUGUUGGUCUUCUUACAGGAGAUUCUGCUAUUAACAAAGAUGCUCAGAUCCUGAUAAUGACAACAGAGAUUCUGCGUAACAUGCUGUAUCAAAGUGUCGGUAUGGCAGCAUCAGAAGGUAGAUUAUUUCAAGUUGAUGUUAUUGUUUUGGACGAAGUCCAUUACUUAAGUGACAUUUCACGUGGCACUGUUUGGGAAGAAACUGUGAUAUAUUGUCCAAAGGAAGUCCAGCUUAUAUGCUUAUCAGCCACUGUUGCAAAUCCUGAUGAAUUAGCUGGCUGGAUUGGUCAGCAGUAUGACAGAUUGACAGGUAUCCACGGUAAAACAGAGUUGGUGACAUCACACAAACGACCAGUUCCACUUACUUGGCACUUCUCAAAGAAGUUUGCACUUGUACCACUUCUUGAUGGGAAAGGAAAGAAAAUGAAUAGGAAAUUGCGAAUGUCUCACUUCCAGAACCUAUCUUCUCCAAAAAGUGAAUUCUAUUAUGUGAAAGGAAAGAGGAAGCUUAGAACAACUAAAAAUGAACAAGGUAACAGAAGCCCCUUGGACAUCUCAAAACAGGUUCAGUUGUCAAAGCAUGAGCUCACCAAUAUGCGCCGGUCUCAAGUUCCAUUAAUACGUGAUACUUUAUCACAACUUUGGGAAAAUGACAUGCUUCCAGCUAUUUGGUUUAUUUUUAGUAGAAGAGGGUGUGAUGCAGCUGUUGAAUAUCUUGAAGAUUGUAGACUUCUGCAUGAUUGCGAGGCUAGUGAAGUUGAGCUGGAACUUAAGAGGUUCAGGAUGCAAUACCCUGAUGCUAUCCGGGAAAGUGCUGUGAAAGGACUCUUACGAGGAGUUGCUGCCCAUCAUGCUGGUUGCUUGCCACUGUGGAAAUCUUUCAUUGAAGAAUUAUUUCAGCGUGGCCUUGUUAAAGUAGUCUUUGCAACAGAAACCCUUGCAGCAGGGAUUAACAUGCCUGCUAGAACAUCUGUGAUUUCUUCUCUCAGCAAAAGAAUUGACGCUGGGCGCCAGCUCUUAACCCCAAAUGAAUUAUUCCAGAUGGCAGGUCGUGCUGGACGAAGAGGGAUUGAUACAGUUGGGCAUUCUGUUCUUGUUCAGACUACUUAUGAAGGGCCUGAAGAAUGUUGCGAUGUUAUCUUUGCUGGACUUGAGCCACUUGUUUCACAAUUUACUGCAUCAUAUGGGAUGGUUUUGAAUCUCCUUGCUGGCUCAAAAGUUACUCAUAAUCAGAAAGAAUCGGAUGAUAUUAAGGUUAAGCGUUCUGGAAGAACUUUAGAAGAAGCUCGAAAGUUAGUUGAGCAAAGCUUUGGUAACUAUGUUGGGAGCAAUGUAAUGGUUGCUGCUAAAGAAGAGCUUGAAAGAAUACAGAGUGAAAUACAAUAUCUCUCUUCAGAAAUUACAGAUGAAUCCAUUGACCGAAAGUGUAGGGAAGAAUUAUCUGAGGAAGACUAUGCUGAGAUUUCCCUUCUUCAAAAGAAAUUGAAGGAAGAGAAGCAGAUGAGAAAUGAACUGAAAAAAAGGAUGGAACUAGAGAGAAUGGUGGCAUGGAAAACUCGGUUGGAAGAAUUUGAAAGUGGUCACCUUCCUUUCAUGUGCUUGCAGUACAAAGACAAAGAUUCAGUUCAGCAUACUAUUCCUGCUGUUUUCAUUGGAAGCCUCAGUUCAUUUGCGGAUCAAAAGAUUGUGAGCUUGGUGGAAAAUGAUUCUCCUGUUGCUGGCAAGCAGAAAGUUGACAAUGAAGGACAGCAAUAUUACCCAUCUUAUUAUGUAGCCUUGAGUUCAGACAACUCAUGGUAUCUAUUCACCGAAAAAUGGAUUAAAGCUGUUUACAAGACAGGUCUACCUGCUGUUCCUUCAGCAGAGGGAGGCCCUCUCCCUAGAGAAACCCUGAAGCAGCUCCUUUUGCGUGAAGAUAUGAUGUGGGAUAAAAUUGCAAAAUCAGAAUAUGGUUCUUUGUUAUGCAUGGAUGGAUCUCUGGACACAUGGUCGUGGAGUCUCAAUGUUCCCGUGCUUAAUAGCCUUUCAGAAGAUGAUGAGGUAGAACGAUUCUCCCAGGAACAUCAAGAUGCUGUAGAAUGUCAUAAGCAACAGAGAAAGAAAGUUUCACAAUUGAAGAAAACAAUCAGGAGUACUAAGGGUUUCAAAGAAUUUCAAAAGAUCAUCGACAUGAGAAACUUUACAAAAGAAAAGAUCGAGCGUUUGGAAGCUAGAUCUCGUCGUUUGACUCGGCGGAUAAGACAAAUUGAACCAACUGGUUGGAAGGAAUUUUUGCAGAUUAGCAAAGUCAUACAAGAGGCUAGAGCAUUAGAUAUCAAUACUCAGGUAAUCUAUCCGUUGGGUGAGACGGCAGCAGCCAUACGAGGGGAAAACGAGCUCUGGCUUGCCAUGGUUCUUAGGAACAAGGUCCUUUUGGAUCUGAAGCCUUCUCAACUUGCAGCAAUAUGUGGAAGUUUAGUGUCAGAAGGGAUCAAACUUCGUCCCUGGAAAAACAGCAGUUAUGUAUAUGAACCAUCUUCUGUUGUUACUGGUGUUAUAAACUACUUAGAAGAGCAGAGAAACUCACUCGUCGAUCUCCAAGAGAAGCACAGUGUAAAGAUACCCUGCGAAAUAGAUGCCCAGUUUGCUGGGAUGGUUGAAGCCUGGGCAUCAGGGUUGACCUGGAGGGAGAUAAUGAUGGACUCGGCAAUGGAUGAUGGAGAUUUAGCCCGUCUGCUCAGACGCACGAUUGAUUUACUAGCCCAGAUUCCAAAAUUGCCAGAUAUAGAUCCGGUUCUCCAAAAGAACGCACAAAUUGCUUGCAACAUCAUGGACCGGGUACCGAUAAGUGAGCUUGCUGGCUGAAAGUAUGUGAAAUCUGUAAGUACCACAUUGAAUGUGAAAUCUGUAAGUACCACAUUGAAUGUGAAAUCUGUAAGUACCACAUUGACCAUUUGUUUUAGGUAGGCAAUUCUUUGUUGUAUCAUGCACAUGCAGUUAUCAAAUUGACAGAGAUCAUUUUCCAAGCGAUUCUUGAUAUCCUUGUA